AUGCAUUUGCUGAUCAUUAAUUUCUUAUCCUUUGAUCUGAUCCAAUGUAGGAUCAAUUGGAAAGGAAAUAACUGGGCGAAUGGUUGUGAUUUCAAAGGAAAUGAUCUUUCACAUGUUCGGGUUUCAGCAGAACAAUGUGGUGGAAAAUGUGCUAGCACACAUGGAUGUACUCAUUUUUCUUGGAGCAAAUGGAAUGGUGGUACUUGUUGGAUGAAGAAGGGUCAUGUUUCUAAAAGCAAUGCGUUCUCUACAAAAGAUUGGAGUAUGGUCUGUGGUGUAAAAGAAUCAAGUAAAGGCGAAUGGGUUCGUGUAUGGGAAGAUAAUUUCGAUUGGAACGGUGGAAUCGAUACUAAUAAAUGGGAAUUUGAUGUCGGUGUCGGUGAAAAUGGCUGGGGAAAUAAUGAGAAACAAUACUACACAAAUAAUCGCGUGGAAAAUGCUCGUUGUGAACUAUUUCCAGGGAGUAACAAUGGCCGUCUGAUUGUAGAGGCACGCCGAGAAAAUAUGGAAAAUUGUCAAUUUACUUCAGCUCGUCUUAAGAGUAAAGCCAAAUGGACAUAUGGACGUUUGCAAAUUCGGGCCAAAUUACCGACAGGUCGUGGUCUUUGGCCAGCUCUUUGGAUGUUACCAGAAAAGCGUACGUAUGGUAAUGCCUAUUGGCCAGAUAACGGUGAAAUCGACUUAAUGGAACAGGUGGGAUAUGAUCCAUUCCGUAUUCAUUCAACUGUACACACACAAGCAAAUAAUCAUAUGAAAAAUAAUCACCCCAGCAAUUCCAUAAUUGUGAAUGAUGCUGUUUCAAAUUUUAAAAUUUAUACACUCGAUUGGAAUGCUGAUAAAAUUGAAAUGUUUGUUGGCGAUAACAAUAAUCCUUUAGCUAAUAGAAUUUUUAUUUGGAAUAAACAGGGAGAUUGGACAAAAUGGCCAUUUGAUAAGCCAUUCUUUAUUAUUAUCAACAUUGCUGUGGGUGGUAAUUGGGGUGGUGCACAAGGUAUUGAUGACAAUAUUUUUCCUCGUCGAAUGGAAAUUGAUUGGGUGCAUUAUUACCAACGACGUUAA